CCGGGCGCCAACCACCAACCUACGCUCUCCCUCCCCCACUCAAGAGGCUAGAUGGGUUAUGCUUUACAAGUCUAUGCAUGACCUGCAGGUUCUGACAUCAUACACAUCGAUUGAGCCUGAAAUUCUAUUUCACCGGAAGCUGUUAACAGCUGUAAAGCUCAAAACUCGCUCGGCUCCGUGGUAGAGCUGAGAUCACAGAAACCACUUCGCUAUCCCUACAGACCUCCUAUAUCCAUCCUUAGAAAUACACCAUGUCAGCGCAUUACACCACCGAGCCCCCGCCUACCGCAUCCGCCACCCUGCACACCACCUUCGGCCCCAUCCACAUCGCCCUCUUCGCCAACCAAACCCCCCUCACAUGCAAGAAUUUCCUCCAGCACUGCCUGGACAAUUACUACGCCGGCACAAUCUUCCACCGCAUCGUCCCAGACUUCAUCGUCCAAGGCGGCGAUCCCACCGGCACAGGCUCAGGCGGCACCUCCAUCUACGAGUACCCGACGCGCGAUCCGAACGAGAAGGUGGUGCUGCGGGAUGAGCUGCACAGCCGAUUGCGCUUCAACCGGCGCGGGCUGGUGGGAAUGGCGAAGAGCGAGGACGGGACGUACGGGAGCCAGUUCUUCAUCACGCUGGCGAACGCGGAGCGGGAGCUGAACGGGCAGUGUACGCUGUUUGGGCGCAUCGAGGGGGACAGUAUCUACAAUGUGCUGAAGAUCGCGGAGGCGGAGCGCGUGGAGGGGACAGAGCGUCCUGUUUACCCUGUGAAAGUUGUUUCGUGCGAGGUCGGGGAGCUGGGGCCGUUAGCUGGGAAGUUGAAGAAGCGGGAGACGAUAGCUACUGCGCCGGCGGCGGCGGCGGCGGAGGAAAAGCCUGCGGCUAAGAAAAAGAAGAAGGCGAAAGGGGGCAAGACACUGUUGAGUUUUGGCGGCGACGAAGGAGAUGAAGAUGUUCCUGUGCGGCCAUCGAAGCCCAAAUUCAACCCGACUCUAGUCGUCGACGCCGGCAUCCCGCCGGCCAACGACGCGCCGAAGAAGACAUCACCAGAAGCGGAGCAGCAGAGCCGGAAGCGCCCUCGCUCGCCCUCCCCAAAACGAGCCCCGUCCGCGGAGCGCAAACAUCGUCCCAAGACUCCAGACCCCUUGACACAGCUUCCCCUCCCCGACCCUGAAAGCCCCGCCCGCUCCCCACCCCAAUCGCCUCCAGCACGCCAGUCGAUCCUAUCACGGACAAAGGCCGAAAUCGAGAACCUCAAAGCCUCGAUGCGGCGCACCGUCGCCACAGGCCCGGCAGAUACCGGCCGCAAGAAGUCUGCGCUAGAAGCCAUGAUCCCCGAGACCGCCAUCCGCGGCCGCAAACGCCCACCCCGGGGACCGUCAACGGCGCCGGCCGCGGCAGCAGCACCAACGGCAGCGAAGCUCGAAAGCGCAGACGCCAAGUCCGCGCCUCAAGAAAAGACUUCAAUCUCAGUCUCAGCGUCACCCUCAGCCUCAGACGCCACGAAACACGCCUCCGAACAAGCCACCGCCAACGCCAACACGGAACCCGAAGACGAAGAAGCCCAACUCUGCGACCUCCACUUCAUCGCCAACUGCCAGUCAUGCAAAUCAUGGGAUGACACGGGCGCCGCAGAGACAGCCGCCGCCGCCGACGACGACCGGGACUGGUUGACGCACGAACUCCGCUUCGGCAAGGAUAUGCUCGGCAAAGACCUGCGGUGGAAACGCGAGCACCCGGACGAUGUCGACUCCCUUGUUGUGAUUGAUCCGCGGGAGCGCGAGAAGGAGUUGGUUGGUGGGAUGCGGCGCGGCCUUGAGCGUGAUCGUGAACGGGAUCGCAAGCGGGAGCGUGUUGGCGAUCGGGAGUGGGAUCGAAGGAGGAUGGAGAAGCCUUGAUGUAAUGAUAUAUCAAGUGGAACUUGAAGUAUACCUCAACAUGGUCUGUCCGCCAAACUAUAGAGUGCAGUGAAGCCUAACCCUUAACCCUGUGUCUCACAAAGGUUCUCUCUAGAAGGGCCAUCUACCAGCUCAGUGAGGCCAUAGACAUGCCGGCCAUGAAAUAUACAGAUAGUUGAGCCUUGCAUAUACAUGAACAG